GUUAUCCACUGUGUUCUUCCUUCCUUUCUCUAGUGGGCACGAGCCUUCCAACCAUAACCAGAACUUGAUCCCCCCACCAGCAUGAUGACAACAAAUUCUAUGGAUCGGGAGACAUCAAUUGGGCCGGCAUUUCCGCUGACAAAAAGCUCCUUCGGAUCAGAAUUCACUGCGUCACCGUAAUCAUAAUUUACCACACGCUCCUUUCCUGCCACUCCACGACCCAAACCAAACCAGCCGUACUUCGGUGCAUUCAUUGAUCGCCUCCGUUUGCAUCCCCACUCACCAUCAAGCAGAUGAUCCACAGCAGGCGCAUCUAUGGCUAGGAUUAAAUAAUUAAUUGACUUAAAAUAAUUUUCCUCGAUUACGGAGACGACAAUCCCGUUUCUUUCGCUUUCAUCAAAAGACGACAAGGGCGGAAGGGGCGAGGACGAGUUAAACAAAGUUAUGGCAGCCCCGCUCCCGAUGGCUGCUUCCUCCUCUAACAAUCACAAACAACAACAACACCACCACCGCUACCACCAGCAGCGUCCACAAAAGUCACCCACGCAACGACGGCAGCUGCAGGCUAACUCCAGAUCGAACAGCGAGCGACGCACUCGUCGCGAGGCCACCGCCGCCCCCCACGUCGUCUCCUCCGACGGUCCUUGGUGCUGGACCAGCGCAGCAGCUGCUGCCUCCUCCUCGCCGCCUCGCCCGCGCAGCGACCGCUCGGUGGAUCACGUUCUCCAGGAGCCGACGCCCUCGCCUGCGCUCAUGGACACCUCCCCCGUCGGCGCCCCGGCGGGUGCCUUCUCCUCCACUUAUGGUCCUUACCCCUCCGGCUACACCAAGUUCAACUCUGCCCUCAAUGCUGGCCUCCUCAACCCCAUGUCCCCUCCGCCGCCUCCGCCCCUCGACAAGAGCCGCUCCAGUCCCACCCUGUUCGACAUGAUGGCUAACGAGCAGGAUUACCAGCCUCGCUCCCUAGGCGACGCCUUUCCCAACCCUCUUGGCCGGGCAACUGCUGCUGCCACCACCGCCUCCCUGCCUGCUACCGCCCAGGAACGGUAUCUCCUCCUUCAGGAGCGCGUGGCUGAGAUCAUCGACAGCUGCAGUCCGGGCAAUCAGCUCAACGAUCCCGACUCUGCCGAUGUCCGCCUCACCCUUACCUCCAUCGACGGGCUUACCAUCUCCCUCAAUGUCCACCGCCAGGUCCUCGUCGCUCACAGCCGCUUUUUCGCCACCAAGCUGUCCGACCGUUGGUCAAAGCAACAGCGGUAUCUCCCGCACAUAGUCGAGAUCUCCGACUGCGACGACAUCGAGAUCUACGUCGAGACCCUCCGCCUCAUGUAUUGCAGAGACCUUCGCCGGCGCCUCAUGAGGGAGAAUGUGUCGAAAGUCCUAGGAAUCCUAAAGGUGUCUGCGGCGAUCGCGUUCGACGCAGGGGUUCUAUCUUGUCUCGAGUACUUGGAAGCUGCGCCGUGGGCGGAAGACGAGGAGGAAAAGGUGGCGUCGCUCCUGUCACAGCUCCACAUCGAGAGCUCGAGCGCAGGAGAGGUGCUGAAGAGGGUCUCCCUGGAACUUGCCCCCGCGGCCGUUGCAGACGAGGGCAAUGGCGGCGAGGAGGUCCUCGUCCGGCUUAUCCAGGUGGUCCUGGAAGGCAAGGAUGAAAAGGCGAGGCGGGAGAUGAAAGGGCUUGUUUCCAAGAUGCUCCGCGAGAACAGCAACAGCACCACCUUGCAGGGUGACGGCCCGGGGGCAAGCAGAGGGGGUAACGGGGACCUGAGCAAGGACUCUCUCUACUCCGCUUGCGAUGGCUGCCUCCUCUCCCUCCGCUACCAUUUCACUCGCGCGGCCGCCUCCGACCUCGCCGAGGCCGCCCAGAUCGCUCGGCAGGCCGAUAACCUCCAUUGGAUCCUCGACAUCCUGAUCGAUCGACAGAUCGGGGAUGACUUCCUGCGGACGUGGGCGUGCCAGGCGGAACUGUCGGAGCUCCAUCCACAAGUGCCGGCGAUCCACCGGUACGAGGUGAGCCGGGUGACAGCGCGGCUGUUCGUGGGGAUAGGAAAAGGCCACAUCCUGGUGUCCAAGGAGACGCGGUGCCUGCUGCUGCAAACGUGGUUGGAUCCUUUCUACGAGGACUUCGGUUGGAUUCGGAGGGCGUGCAAGGGCCUCGACCGCCACCUCAUCGAGGAUGGCCUCGCCAACACCAUUCUCACGCUCCCGUUGGCGAUGCAGCAGGAGGUGCUUCUCUCCUGGUUCGACCGUUUCUUGAACGCAGGCGACGACUGUCCCAACAUCCAGAGGGGCUUCGAGGUGUGGUGGCGGCGGGCCUUCUGGCGGAGGAACGGCCACUCCUCUGAUCAGCAGCCGCCGCAGUUGAGGAUUGCUGCUGCUGCCGCCGCCGCCGCAGCUGCCUGCGAAAAUUCCUGCUGAUUGAUCACAAGAGCGCAGCUCAGAAUGUCGCGUUUUUUAACCACAAUUUUAGUUCGAUCUCAUUUGAUUUUACUGCUACUGCUACUACUACCAAGUCUUGGAGUCUUCAGUCUACAGCAUAUGCUUCGCCGUCGUCGGCCUAUUCAUUGCCUCACAUACAACAUCUUCAAUUUGUGGAGGAUGUCUGGCGCUGGUAGUUUGGAUUCACGAUGUUUUUCUCUUCCUCUUCACUGAUAUGAUUUGCACUUGUUCAAGUUCAUCCGAGAGAGAAUUUGAAGCUGUAUGACAACUUUCUUGUGUUCA